CCAAAGCAGAAGGUGGCAGGCAGUAGUGCACGUAAACCAGCUGCUGUAAAAACUGCAGUAGAAGAAGAACCGGAAACGAGCAGCGGUAGUAGUAGAAGAAGAAGCAGCCUGAUGAUGUCAGAAUGGGGACCCAGGUGAAAGAUGUGAUCAUUAAACCCGACGCUCCGAGCUCUCUGCUGCUGGAUAAACACGGAGAUUACAUCGCAGCCUAUGGCUCCAAGAAGGACGACUAUGAGUACACGCUGUCAGAGUACCUGAGGAUGAGCGGCAUCUACUGGGGGCUGACGGUGAUGGACCUGAUGAGCCAGCUGCCCCGGAUGAACCGGCAGGAGAUCAUAGACUUCAUCAAAGCCUGUCAGCACGACUGUGGAGGCAUCAGCGCCAGCAUCGGACACGACCCCCAUCUGCUGUACACCCUCAGCGCUGUGCAGAUCUUGUGUUUGUACGACAGCGUGGACGCGCUGGACGUGGACAGAGUGGUGGAAUAUGUCAAAGGGCUGCAGCAGGAGGACGGCUCUUUUGCUGGGGACAAAUGGGGUGAGAUAGACACACGCUUUUCCUUCUGUGCUGUUGCUACUCUGGCUUUAUUGGGUAAGAUGGACACGAUAAACGUGGACAAAGCCGUGGAGUUCGUCUUGUCUUGUAUGAACUUUGAUGGAGGUUUUGGCUGCAGACCGGGUUCAGAGUCUCACGCUGGUCAGAUCUACUGCUGCACCGGCUUCCUGUCUCUGACCGGCCAGCUCCACCAGCUGAACGCCGACCUGCUGGGCUGGUGGCUCUGUGAGAGGCAGCUGCCGUCUGGAGGCCUCAACGGACGUCCUGAGAAGCUUCCAGAUGUUUGCUACUCCUGGUGGGUUUUGGCGUCUCUGAAGAUCAUCGGUAGGAUUCACUGGAUCGACAAAGCCAAGCUGAGGACGUUUAUUCUGGCCUGUCAGGACGAGGAGACGGGAGGUUUUGCUGAUCGACCAGGAGACAUGGUGGAUCCCUUCCACACUCUGUUUGGAGUCGCUGGUCUCUCCCUCCUCGGAGACGAACAGAUCAAAGCAGUAAAUCCAGUUCUGUGUAUGCCUGAAGACGUCCUGCAGAGGAUCGGCCUGCAGCCAGACCUCCUCAGCUAGCCGCCUGACGCUAUCCCACACCCUCACACACACACACCUUCCCACCCUCACACACACCGUCGCACAACUCCACAACACCACUCCUGUCCCUCAGCCCGGUGACGGCAGCAGAGAGAGGACCGUUCAGAUGGAGGAUCCUCGGUAGAGACCUGGAGGACAGACGGAGAAUCUUCAGUUUAAAUCCUGCUUCUCAUCAUCAGGCCACUUUUCCUGUUUGACUGCAGCAGAGCGAGGCGUUUAAAGCGUCACUGUACUUUCUGAAGUCUAGAAAUCAUUAAACAACAUUCCUUAACUUUGAGGGAAAUCGUGCAACAGUCGAGAUGUUUCCUGGUCUCAUCAGCUUCCCAGUAGAUUUAUCUAUUAGUGUAACGACACGCCUGUUUGCUGCUUUAGGAGGCGUGGCGGUUAAAUAGUGACGGCAUGGAGUGUAGAACAUGUGGCAGAAGCAGCCCCGAAUGUUUCCGUCUGCUCCACACAUCCACAGCUCAGCAUCAGGCUGUCUGAAGAAUAUUCUGCUGAUCAAAUGACAGAUCUGACCCUGAAAAGUCGAAGCUUCAUUCAUUCAGAUGAGUUCACUGAGGGAGACUGAAGGUAAAAGUCAGAUUUACUGCUUUAUUUAUUUUAUUACAUUCUGACCACGGUUCAGUUUAAAGGCUCCACAUCUCUUUCUUUCCUCAUCAUCGUGUUGUUUUGCAUUAAACUAACUUCUGUAUCUGAGGACUGUGAAGGGCAGCAGGGUGAUCGCUGACCAACGGCUUUAGUCUGCAUUAGAAUUAUUCCUGGUGGGCUUUAGAGGAAAUGUUCUGUUUGUGAGGAGGUUUUCAGCACAUUUAAAGUCUAUCCACAGCUCCUCUCUUUACUUAAAUCCACGUUACUCACCGCAGCUGCUGUUGAUCGGCCUCCACACCGUGAAACAAUCGGGAAACAUUUCCGGGUUCGGAUUGUGUGGAACGGCUUCUGGGAAACUCAUGUUGUCUGUGUGGAUGAACUUUUAUCUGUUAAUGAACUGUUCAGUGUCCAUAUUGUUACAGAAAGUAAAUAAAUCACAUUUUAAUGCAUUAA